AUGGCGGAGAUAGUCAGCGAGCGAGCUGCGGAUCCGGAUGCGCAGGCUGCCGUGACCGAUUUUCUGGACUACACUGAAUAUCUUCCCUCCGACCUUAUACGGUCCCUUACCCUGAUUUGCGGCCUAGACGACGCGUAUCAAAGUCAUUCUCUCGCGGUGGACGACCUCACCAAGCUUUAUGGUACUCUACCGUCUCUUGAACCAGGCUUGCGUCCGAAUCCACAAGAACUCCGCACUCAAAUAUCGGCUCGAUUGGACCAGGCUCUUAACGCGCGAGAGUCAGCCCACGCAGAGGCCCGGCGCCUAUAUGACGUCGCCGAACGACAUCAGAACAGACUGAAGAGCAUCAUCGCCAAGUUAAAUGCUAUACCUAAGCCUCCUUUGCGAGAUCCUACUCCUCCACCCGUACCCUCGUCGCAGGUCAAGCGUUCGAGGAGCGGCAGAAAGAUUGAGACCACCACCAGACUCACACUACAUCCCCCUCGUAGCAAUGCGGUGGCUUCCGCAAUACUUAAGAAACCUCGAAGUCGCCGAGUGACGGUGCCUGGAGAAGUCAUGCCACCUUACGACCCGGACUCGCCGAUCGCAAGUACAGAGGUGUCGGACUGGGGAUCUCCGCCGCCUUCUCCACCACGACCAGUCCUCAAGCUUAAACAGCCAAAGCCGCCGCCGCCUGCAUCCGUGAAGUCUCUCAAGCAGAAGCCUGUACCUUCCGAAGCCAAACCCCGCCCAACUCGAGAUGAGACGGAAACAUAUCGCAAACCAACUCCUCCGCCGGAGGAGGCUGAGAUCGGGAGCAAAUACAAACCGUGGACGCACUUGACCGAGUUCGAGAUGUACAAACUUCGCAAGAAGAUGAAGAAAAACCAUACCUGGGAGCCCAGCGAUGUCAUGAUCAGGCGCGAGUUGGCGGACCGCGGGAGGGGUUGGGAGAACUACUACCGAGCAAAGGCAGAAGCCGAAAAGAACGGUGCCAAGUUCAUCGAUCUCGAUAGCGCCGAAAAGGUCUUUCCCAAGGCCGAGAUGAGCGAGAAGGGAGAGAAGCUGGCCCAAAUCGAGAGCGACAAAGAGUCAGACACUUUGGAAGUGGUGAACAAGACCGAAGAUGCGACUAUCCCAGCGCGGCUGACGGACAACGUCGAGAAACCGGAGCCUGCCGGACCUGUGGUAACCCCUGCUUCCAAACCCAAGGCACCAAAGAGGAGUGAGAAGAAGGAGAAGAAGCAGCCUGAGCCGGUACUUUCGCAAGCCGCGCUUGCAGCCCAGGAGGCUGAACUCGCAGCUCGACGCCUUGGGGACAUUGGUUCCAAGUUCCGUACCUUGUUCGCCUCGCCCUUGUCUGCGCUGGCGUCUUUCAGUCGAAGCGCUAGUACUCCGACGGCCAUUCGCCCAGCUAACUCGGCGAAGAAAGGCACUGAAAAAGCCUCAAAAAAGAGAAAGGCCGAAGACACGCCAAUUGCCUCGCUCUCGCCAUCCGCAGAGCCUGAGAAUGCAAAGAAGAAGCAGAAGGUUGCGCCGAAGCCAUCGCCUCUUGCGGUCAGUCCUGUUCCCGCUGCGCCAUCCACAUCGCCAGCUGCAACGAGCAGUGAGCCACCUCCCUCCACAAUCGCACCCAGCGCAGGAACCAUCAAGAUUCCCUUGAAGCUCAACUUGACCGCGACGUCGGCAAGUGCUGUAGCUCCUGUUACUGCCGUAAGUAAGGCUCCUACUCCCGCACCUACGAUGCGAGCGGUCAGCGUACAGCGAACUUCUGUCGCGCCGAAGCCCUCGGCGUCCCCUCCCGUAUCUGCGACGCCACCAGUAUCGGCAACGACUUCACGUCCGCCUUCGCGUCGCUCCGCAGCUGCGUCCGUGGAACCACAACCCGCCACCACACGUUCUAGCCGGCGCGCAUCAAUGACCCCAUCGCUGGCUGGAGGUCAGAAGACACCUGCCGCGGAAGCCCAAUCUCAAGGACCGAGUCCUAAAUCUAUAUUCAGCGCCAUUCCUACGGCAGCAAGUCGGCGCAGCAAGCGUGACGCGCCAGGCAUGGUAAUGCAGUCGAGUCAGGAUGGCGGGGCUGCUGUUAGUGUCAGCAAGAGGAAAACCAAGCCCGCCAAGAAGGUCUCGAGUACAGCAGCGCUGGCAUCCGCCGCGGCACAGAUGCCCCAGAUUAGGAUCGACGUCGAUGGGCGUCAGGAGUGGGUGGACCCGGACGAAGAGCGGUAUUGCGUUUGCGGGGAUGUUAGUUGGGGGGAGAUGAUCUGUUGUGAAUUGGAUGAGAAGUGCGACUUCGGCCAAUGGUUCCACAUGGAAUGCGUGUCACUGCACGAACUACCCCCACGAACGGUGAAGUGGUACUGUCCUGGAGAUCGAAAGAAACUCCGCAGGGGCGAAAUGACGAAUGGGUUGGUUGGAAGGGGCAUCAAGUAG